AGAAGCCGCACACUGUGUAUAUACAGCGAUAGUGAGAGACAGACGGAGCAUGAGACACCCGGGGAGACUGCUGCAAGAACCCAGCUCCUGCCUCAUCCUGCCCCGGGACCCUCAGACUGCACAGGACUUUGCUCUUUGACCUCCACCCUUGCACAAUCCUGGCUCAACUCAGUGACCUCUCUCCUCCAUCCCUCUCCCCUCACCCUAACAUGAAUGGACAGGUGUCUUGCCCCACCUCCGAGGAUCUGUCCCCUCACCAGGCUCCUCCUACCCUUGAACCAUAUGCUCCUCCUCCUCCUCCAGCUUCUACACAGAGCACUCUUGAAGAUACCUCAUCUGCAGGAUCCCUCCUGUCCGGUUCAGGCCUCCUUCUUGCUCGUUCUCUCCUUGGCCGCCGGAGUUCUUCUACUUCACCAAAUAAUUCACCAACAUCCUGUAGCCUUCGCAGACGCCGAGAAUUCACUCCAGAAGAGAGAAAAGAUGAAAAUUACUGGGACAAACGAAAAAAGAACAAUGAGGCAGCUAAACGCUCAAGGGAGAAACGUCGCGCUGGUGACCUCGCCCUAGAGGGACGUGUCAUAGCUCUUCUAGAGGAGAAUGCAAGGCUACGAGCUGAGUUGCUUGCUCUUCGAUUUCGCUUUGGCUUGGUACGGGAUCCAUGUGAAGAAGCGCGUGGAACAUAUGCACAACCGUGUGGCCUCCAUGACCGUACCCCUCCAAAUCCUCCUCCACCGAUGCCUCAUUCAGAAGACUCUGGAUUCUCCACUCCCAGUGUUGGAAGUCCGGUUUUCUUUGAAGACAGAGUUCCUGAACAGGAAGCUCAAACUUUGCCGCCCUCGUCCAUAAAUUAUUACGGACCUGUCCCAGCAGAGACUGUAGAAAACCCUCGAGGAAGAUUUGACACCCUUCCAGACACAUAUAAAAGCCUCCCACACAAACUGAGGUUUAAGGCCUGCGCUCCCGGUGAUGAGGGACAUCAUGCCGCAGCGCCCGUCUCUAGAGAAAUGAACAGUUUUCCUGCUGAGGUUCCCCAAGUUUUCCCCCAGCAGCCAAUGCCCUGCCCACGGGGACGGUGGGGAAACCAAGGUCAGGAUGGAGCUCCUGCUCAGGGUGCGGAGAGCACCGAACUUAGGUCCCAACUUGCCUCACUGUCCGCAGAGGUGGCUCAACUGAAGAGAAUUUUUUCAGAGCAGAUGAUGGGUCGGAGCGGACCGGAUUAGUACUGUAAGCUAACAAUGAGCCACAAACUGUUGUAUAUUACUAACCAUAAAUACUUGAGAGACUCAUAACAAAAGCCACACAACUGGUUUCCUCUAGAUACCUGAAACGCAUUGGCUUCUCAACAUAAGAAGGCAAUGAUAUCAUGAGCCCGGUGCUAGUAAGACAUUACUUCCCUUGCCAAAGGACACUGAAGCUGUUCGGUGGUUGAGAUACACAAUGGACUGAUGUGACCUCUUUUCCUCUGCUGGAAGGAGAACGUAAUAUAAUACUGUCUGGAACAAGAAACAAAAAAAAAAGUGUUUGUGUUUUAUGUGUAACGCUGCCAAAAUCUUUUGAAGAUACGUCCUGUUCAGCCACACUGAUGCAAUUUCUUCACUUUUUAUCUCACAACACAUAAGUGGAGGCCUAGUAGCCUCCUUACUCUGUCACGUCUUCAUCCCCAACACUACAGCAUGCCAUUGCCGCGGCUCCUCCUCGACUGGCACAUGUUAGGAGAUGUAGUAAAAAUAAUAUGUUCUGGUGUGAGGGUCGUGUGUCUUUGUAAUCUAUGAAUUUUUCACCGAAAUACAGACCAGUUUUUUUUUAUCGUUUCCAUAUUUCAAUGGUUGUUGCUUGUACUGUGUGUUGCCACAACUUUUUGGAUUUGCCUUUUUUCCUGAGGGAUUUAUCAACCAAACCAGCUCUAUGUCAAGUUAUGGGUGUGUGGGGAAAAGAACAUGGACCAUCUUAAGUAGGCGAAAAUGUAAAUUAUGUAGAGUUAUCGCCAGAGGGUCAAAUACCUGUGUUCUAAAUGGUGCUAAAAAAUAGCUGAUGUGUUUGACAUCACACAAGCCUGGGACCGUUCAGUAGACAUUUGUCCGGUCCUAAUAUCUUCUGUCUUUUAUAUACCUCGUAAUUAUUAUUUUUUUACCUUCCUUCUCCCACUAAUAUUCCUCGUGUCAGUCCUCAGACAACAUUUUUUCCCUACCUCCAAGUCCUUGUCUCUAGACCCUCUGCAGGUUAUGUCUUGUGGGAUUCUCAGAUGCCCCUCUCCUGCUAUUCUCAGAAUUUGCUGGAAUUGAGAAAAGGUUUGGUGCAGCUCAUAAUUACCUACUAUCUGAGGUAUAAGGGCAAUCACUUAUACCCCAAGUGAAAAAAUAAUCUAAAAGUAUUGUACACAAAUCGUCCAAACUUCAAGGAGAGCGGAAAAUUAGUUUUUCAGAGAAACCAGAUAUAUUUACAAGAAUUUUUUUUAGGUUGCAUAAAUUCCUCGUACAGGACCCUUGUGGGAGGAA